ACAAAGCUCCACAUUAUGUCAAGCAGCAACCAUGGAGCAACAGCAACACUUGUUUGUUUGCAUCUUGUUGGCGUUUUGCUUGACAAGCAGCACCAAUGGAGGGAAAGUGUUAGUGUGGUACACCGAGGCCAGCCAUUGGAUUAACAUGAAGCAUGUACUGGAAACACUUGUGGACAGAGGACAUGCGGUGACUGUCUUGAUGCUCUUCAUGGACAACAAGGAUUCAAAAUUUAAAUAUGAAACCUUUAACGUGUCAUUUCCAUUAGAGGAAAUUGAAAAGUUCCUUGAAGAUUAUUUACACUUUUCCAUGUAUGAAAUGGAUCAGCUCAGCUAUUUGCAGAUCUACAUCAGACAUAUUGAGCUAGCCAAAAUGGACUUGUACUACAAUUUGAAGUAUUUGGAUGGCAUCAUAAAAUCAGAAUUUAUGAUGAAAAAGCUAAAGGAUGAAAAUUUUGACGUCCUCCUGGCUGACCCUAUCUACCCUGGCAGUGAUCUAGUUGCGGACAUUUUAGGAAUCCCCCUGGUUUUUACUCUUCGCUUUUCCUUAGUUAAUAACUGGGAGAGACAUUGUGGUCAACGACCUGCCCCCCCUUCAUACGUACCUGGAGCUAUGAGUAAACUGACUGAAAAGAUGGACUUCUCAGAACGAGUGUGGAAUUUUGGCUUCUACUUACUGAAUGAUCUGAUGUAUCAGCACUUUUUUUGGAAAGAUAUAGACAAAUACUACUCCGAUGUCAAAGGUACACCCACAAGUGGUUGUGAGAUGAUGGGAAAAGCAGACUUCUGGUUAAUUCGGACCUACUGGGACUUUGAUUCCCCUCAUCCUAUCCUACCCAACUUUAAAUACGUCGGUGGGAUCCACUGUAAACCUGCAAAACCUUUGCCAAAACAUAUUGAAGAAUUUGUGCAGGGUUCAGGUGAACACGGGGUCAUAGUCUUCACUUUUGGAUCAAUGAUCAACAACAUCACCAGAGAAAAAGCAAACAUGAUCGCUUCAGCUCUUGCCCAAAUCCCACAAAAGGUUCUGUGGAAAUACAAAGGAGAAACACCAGAGACUUUAGGUGCCAACACGAGACUAUAUGACUGGAUACCACAGAAUGACCUGCUAGGUCACCCCAAGACCAGAGCUUUUGUCACCCAUGGAGGAACAAAUGGAAUAUAUGAAGCCAUCUAUCACGGUGUUCCGAUGGUGGGGAUCCCCAUGUUUGCUGACCAGCCAUCUAACAUAAUCCAGCUAAAGGCUAGAGGAGCUGCUCUCAUCUUAAAUUUGAACUUUAUGACGACUGAGGACUUCAGAGAUGCCCUCACUAUUGUUAUUAACGACAAAUCUUACAAGGAGAACGCCAUGCAACUGUCCAGGAUCCACCAUGACAGACCCAUGAGUCCUCGUGAUGAGGCCAUAUUCUGGAUUGAGUACACCAUGAGAAACAAGGGGGCCAAACACUUGAGGGUCCAAGCCCAUGAGCUCACCUGGUUCCAGUACCACAGUCUGGAUGUCCUGGUCUUCCUCCUCUCCAUUGUCCUGCUCAUCACUCUCCUCUUCAUCAAGGCCUGCAGUCUCUGCUUCAGGAGAUGCUGCGGCAGCAAAAGAAAGACUAAGAGGGAAUAAAUGACAUUCACGUUUAAAAGUGAAAAAAAAAAUGUGAAUAUCUAUGAAGAUUCUCAGUCAUCCAGGUCAUGGUCAAGGUUGAAAAGUAGUUAGGCAACUGGACGUGAAAUUCUAAAAGAUGUUUC